AUGAAGCCUGCUAAGCUGGGAUUUCUCUUGGGUUUCUCCCUCUUCUGCUCACUCAGUCCUCCAGUCCUGAGUGGUGUUGAACGGGUUGCUCGCCAUCUCUGCAAAGAUUUCAACGACCCUUGUUCUUUGGAACUGGAUCCUGGCAGCUGCUAUGAAAUACAUUUUAGAUUUUUCUAUAACCAAACAGCUAAAGCAUGCCAGUCUUUUCUGUUCAGCGGCUGCGAUGGUAACCUUAAUAACUUCAAACUCAAGAUAGACUGCGAAGUAACUUGUAUCGAAAAUUUCAAGACCCACCCGCCAAGGUAAGAAAUUGAUUUACCGUAAUAACUUCAAUCUCAAGA